CGCAGUACCCAACGAGACCUUUUGGGAAACAGGUGUGUACGAAUUCGUGUCAAGAUGUCGCAGUCAAACGGAAUAGUUAAUCCAAAUGAGCAUUUGAGCAUACCCGAAUGGAUAACUGAAAACUAUUUCAAGACAGUCCUCGAAAAGGACGAACCGGACCACGUAAAGGUACUGAAAUUUACACCUGUGGCAGCUAUACCACCUGGCGAAAACUUCACCUCCAUAAUGCUGCGCAUAUACAUUGACCUCGAAAUGAAAGAUGGCAGCACAAAGACAAAAACCUAUGUAUUCAAGACUAUGCUACCGAACGAGCAGGGCGGAGCUGAUAUUAAUGCAUUGGGGAUCUUCCCAAAGGAGCAAACGAUGUACAAGACAUAUCUGCCCGCUUUCGAGGCACUCUAUAAGGCAGCCGGCGAGGACAUUCAAAUAGCGCCCAAGUGUCUGCACACAGAGCAGCGCGAGGGAUUGAUUCACUUUAUAUUUGAAGAUCUGAGUACCAGGAAAUUCCAGAAUGUGGAUCGCUUGAAUGGCCUGGACAUGGCUCACAUGACAAGAGCCUUACGCAAGCUGGCCGAGUUCCAUGCAGCCAGCGCUGUUUAUGAGGAACAAAACGGUCCCUUUCCAAAUGAUUUUUUGGAGGGAUUUGUUUCACUUAAAACUGAAAAUUUCGCAAAGGAAGCCUAUAAACUGCGAGGGACAGCCUUUAAAAAGUCUAUGGAGACAUGGGGUAUGAAGGAUGCCGAAAAAUAUAUUAAAAACUUUCCCUCUCUUGAUGAUUAUUGGGCCAUGUCCCUAAGCACUCUGGACGUUGAUCCUCUGGAUUUUAAUACAUUAACCCACGGUGAUUUCUGGUCAAGUAAUUUUAUGUGCAACUAUUUACCAGAUGGAACAUUGGAUCAACUAAUUCUGGUUGAUUUCCAAAUCUGCAAAUGGGGAAAUCCGGCAAUAGAUCUUUUAUUUUUCAUCACAUUAUCCGCUGCCAAAGAUAUACGCAUCAAGGAAUUCGAUAAUUUCAUCUACAUCUAUUGGGAGCGAUUGGUAGAGUGUCUAAAGCUCUUGAAGUAUCAAAAGCCAUUACCCAAGUUGAGAGAACUGCAUACAUCCCUCUAUAAGAAGCAGAACUCGUUCUAUGCCUUCUUUGCUGUCUUCAGUCAUCUACCUAUUAUUAUGUUUCCCAGUGAUAAGGACUCCAAUCUACAUAACGUGAUGGGCGAAACCGAAGAGGGCGAAAAAUUACGACUACGUCUUACCUCCAAUCCUACUUAUGGUGAAGUCAUGAAGGACUUGUAUCCAUUUUUCUACCAUCGCGGAUUGUUCAAUUUUGACGAUUACAAAACGGAAUAACGUCCAAUAAAAAAUACAUAUUUUAGACAAUAAU